AUUGUCAUUCCGCCCUUCCCGGGCGGAGUCUGGUGACUUUCGGUUCCAUGGCGGCUAGACGGCGGGGAGCUUACAGCGGUCGAACCCGAGCUUCUGUAGCAUUAAAGGACACUGGCAGAGUUAAUGGCAACACAGCUGCAGAAGAACCUCCUCCUACCAAGAGAAGUCGAAGAUGCGGGAGACAGGUAGUGGAAAAGGAGCCUGUGGCUGAAGGAACACCUGAUGACGCGACAGAAGACAAAGAAUCUGUGAAGACCUUGCUGUUGAAAGGCAAAGCUCCCGUUGACCCAGAGUGCACAGCCAAAGUUGGGAAGGCUCAUGUGUACUGUGAAGGGAAUGACAUCUAUGAUGUCAUGCUAAAUCAGAAUGUGAGCAAGUGUGCAGUAGGCGGAAACAACCUGCUUGUCAAAGAUGGGUACCUGGGCCUCACAGCACUGCUACUGUUCCCUCUCUUCACUCUAAGUAACUUAGAGGACAUCCCUCAGACCAAUCUCCAGUUCAACAACAACAAGUACUAUUUGAUUCAGCUAUUAGAAGAUGAUGCCCAAAGAAACUUCAGUGUUUGGAUGAGAUGGGGCCGAGUUGGGAAAAUAGGUCAGCACAGCUUGGUGGCUUGUUCACAAGACCUCAACAAGGCCAAGGAACUCUUUCAGAAGAAAUUCCUUGACAAAACAAAUAACAAUUGGGAAGACCGUGAGAAGUUUGAGAAGGUGGCUGGAAAAUAUGAUAUGCUACAUAUGGACUAUGCCACCAACACUCAGAAUGAAGAGGAAACAAAAGAAGAAUCUCUUAAAUCCCCCCAGAAGCCAAAGUCGCAGCUAGAUCUUCGUGUACAGGAGCUGAUAAAGUUGAUCUGUAAUGUCCAGGCCAUGGAGGAGAUGAUGAUAGAAAUGAAAUAUGAUACCAAGAAAGCCCCACUUGGGAAGCUGACGGUGGGACAAAUCAAGGCAGGUUACCAGUCUCUUAAGAAGAUUGAGGAUUGCAUUCGAGCUGGCCAGCUCGGACGAGCUCUCGUGGAAGCAUGCAAUGAAUUCUACACCAGGAUCCCCCAUGACUUUGGACUCCGGACCCCUCCAUUAAUCCGAACAGAAAAAGAACUGUCAGACAAAGUACAACUUCUGGAGGCUUUAGGAGACAUUGAAAUUGCCAUUAAGCUGGUGAAGACAAAACUUCAAAGCCCAGAACACCCAUUAGAUCAGCACUAUAGAAACCUGCGUUGUGCCUUGCACCCUCUGGACCAUGCAAGUUAUGAAUUCAAAGUGAUUUCCCAGUACCUGCAGUCUACCCAUGCCCCCACACACAGUGACUAUACCAUGACCUUGCUGGAUGUUUUUGAAGUAGAGAAGGAGGGUGAAAAAGAAGCCUUCAGAGAGGACCUUCAUAACAGGAUGCUGCUAUGGCAUGGCUCCAGGCUGAGUAACUGGGUGGGAAUCCUAAGUCACGGCCUUCGAAUCGCCCCGGAAGAAGCUCCCAUCACAGGUUACAUGUUUGGAAAAGGAAUCUACUUUGCUGACAUGUCUUCUAAGAGUGCCAACUACUGCUUUGCCUCUCGCUUAAAGGAUAUUGGGCUGCUGCUUUUAUCAGAGGUAGCUCUAGGUCAGUGUAAUGAGCUACUAGAGGCCAAUCCUGAGGCAGAAGGAUUACUUCAGGGCAAACACAGCACCAAGGGGCUGGGUAAGAUGGCACCCAGCCCGACCAGUUCCGUCACCCUGAAUGGGAGCACAGUGCCUUUAGGACCAGCGAGUGAUACCGGAAUUCUGAAUCCAGAUGGUUAUACCCUCAACUACAAUGAAUUUAUCGUCUACAACCCCAACCAGGUCCGUAUGCGAUAUCUUCUCAAGGUUCGAUUUAAUUUCCUGCAGCUGUGGUAAAUGUUGAUAGUAGAUAGCCCAGAGAAGACAGGAUCUUCAAGCAAGAAAAUAAGCAGAGUUGUACUUUUGAAUUUUCUGUAAU